CUUUUGUGUAGCGUUAGCUUCAUACUGGCUAGCUUGACAGUAGCUACCUUGGCGAUAAGGAAGUUUAUCUUCACGUUUUUGGGCCAAAUCUCAACUUCUUUGGCUUGGGGACUGAUAACCCCCUGACAGACAGCUGGAGAGGUUGAAGCAGAACACAGAAGACAUACAAAGCAGCUGACAGUGUGUGUGGAGGAUGUCUUCACCAAUAUACUACAACCAAGACAGUGUUACUCGCUUUAAGAAAAGAAAAGCUCGUUUCUCUUUCAGUGAAGUCCACAUACUGCUGGAUGAAGUGAGGAAGCAUCGUAUGGUUGUUGUGGGGAAAUUCAAUCGAGGUGUGCCAACAGACAUAAAGAAGCGCACAUGGGCAGAAAUUACUGCACGUGUCAAUGAGAUUGGGGAGUGCCAACGCGAAGUCAUUGAAGUCAUCAAGAAAUGGUCUGACCUUAAGUGUGACACCAAGAGGAAAGUGGCUGCCAUGCGGUCAGGGACAGUACCCAACAGGGGCCUCAACUCACGUCUCUCCCGAGACCUUAAUCAGACAGAGAAAAUAGUGCUUCAGAUCCUGGAGAUGGACGAGGAAGACCAGAGCAUAGGUGACUUUGGCCCACUGGGAGAUGACGAUGAUGUGCCAGAGGAGGAAGAGGAAAUGGAAGAGGAGGAUAUGAUAGGAAUGCAGAGUUCUCCUAAUGGCGGUUUGGACAUGACUUCAAUGCCCCCACCAGCCUCUUACACCACGAGUGGACCUGCACAGUCAGGUGACUCAUCACAACCUGCCUUUGAUGUGCAGUAUGAAGUACCUGCAGCAGAAGAUGCUGAAGCUGCAUUUGGAGACUCAGACGAGGACCAAAGGGACGACGUGCUUCCUUCCUCUCAGGCAACAAAACCAACUGAGGAUCAUCAAGGAAACAACGGCAUCCAGAAACAAGGACAACCUCAGACAUCCGCCGGACCGACAACGUCAACAGCCGCGCUUUUGAUGCCAGGUCAGUCCUCACAGAACACGAGGGAUAGCAUGCUACAUAAUGCAUCGCUGAGCCUGCAGGAGCAGCACGCCACUAACAUCCUGCUGGAGACAGUUUCACGCUCCCUGGAGCUGCUGUCUGAGUCGGUGCAGCAGCUGGCAGAGACUCAGCAGGAGUUUGUGCGGGAGUCGCUGCAUCUCCAGCGGGAGAUGGUGCAGGUUCUCAGAGACUUCACAGGUGGAGCCAUUGCACUCAUGCAUGACAAACUGAAUGGGCGGCCAGCGUUAUAGCAACAAAGAAUCAGAGCUGUUAGGUUGUAUCACUGACUUCAAACACAGCCUUCAGGCGCAGGAACUUUGAAGUUCCUUUGGACUCCACCGCUGGUUACUGUACUUUUUGAUAGUACUCAACAGAUUUUCUGUGGCUAUAUUUUAAAACUGUAUUCUUAGAAACGUGUUGAUGGAAUUUCUGUCUGCGGGGAUACGUAUAAAGUGUUGAGAAAAUAACCAAUGUUAGCCAUAAAGAAAGAAUAUGUGGAGGGUGUUUUUUUUUUUGCUACUGAAACUGAGACUCCUACCACUUGCAUUGUAAAACAUUUUUUAAGCAUACACCACUUUUAAAGCCUUUACAUUCUUUUUAUGCUGACAGUCUGUCAUUUUGAAAAGUCAGUCAAAUCCAUUUGUGUGUCCGUGUAUGAGUUGUAGCUUUCUCUUGCAUCAGUGUCUGGAGGUUAUCACAUGUACUGUAAUGGUGAGUGGAUUUCUGCACCUGACCAUUAUAUGGUCCAUAUGUCUGAAAGCUAAACAAGGUGUGUUGAAUACUUUGAAAAUACCUGUAACUGAAUAAUUUGUGAUUGUCUGACUUAGUUUUUUUUACAUUACAAACACUUGAAAAUGAAAGUUUCAAUAAUUUCUUUUAGAACAUGGAAUAAAGCCCUCAUGUAUUUAAAGCGAGUGAAAGUCAUCUUAUAAUAAUUAUAUCCAAUAUUUAGAAAGUUUAAAUCCAUGUGGAUUUAGGAGCUGCACUUUUGCAUCUGCGGCUUUAUUGUUUUCUAAAUAAAAUCUGUCUUGAUAUCUUUAGAUUGGUUCUAAUACAAAUGCCCUUAUAC